GACCUCGGACCACAACGCCAGCAUGGACUUCGCAGACCUUCCCGCUCUCUUCGGGGCCAGCCUGAGUCAGGAGGGCCUGCAGGGCUUCCUUGUGGAGGCUCAGCCGGCCAAUGCCUGCAGCCUCAUUGCCCCUCCGCCCCCAGCCCCGGUCAACGGGUCAGUCUUUAUCGCACUGCUUCGAAGAUUCGACUGCAACUUUGACCUCAAGGUCCUGAAUGCUCAGAAGGCGGGGUAUGGCGCAGCAGUGGUGCAUAACGUGGGCUCCAACGAGCUUCUGAACAUGGUGUGGAACAGCGAGGAAAUCCAGCAGCAGAUCUGGAUCCCGUCUGUGUUUAUUGGGGAGAGGAGCUCCGAGUACCUGCGUGCCCUCUUUGUCUACGAGAAGGGGGCUCGGGUGCUUCUGGUCCCAGACAACAGCUUCCCUCUGGGCUAUUACCUCAUCCCCUUCACAGGCACCGUGGGCCUGCUGGUUCUGGCCAUGGGAGCGGUAAUGGUAGUCCGUUGUAUCCAGCACCGGAAGCGACUCCAGCGGAAUCGACUGACAAAAGAGCAGCUCAGGCAGAUCCCUACCCAUGACUAUCGGAAGGGAGACCAGUAUGAUGUGUGUGCCAUCUGCCUGGAUGAGUAUGAGGACGGGGACAAGCUGAGAGUGCUCCCCUGUGCUCACGCCUACCACAGCCGCUGCGUGGACCCCUGGCUCACCCAGACCCGGAAGACCUGUCCCAUCUGCAAGCAGCCUGUGCACCGCGGUCCGGGGGACGAAGACGAGGACGAGACUCAGGGGCAAGAGGGUGAUGAGGAAGGGGAGCUGAGGGACCACCCUGCCUCAGAGCGGACCCCACUUCUGGGCCCCAGCCCCACGCCGCCUGCCUCCUUUGGCUCCCUAGCUCCAACCUCUCCUGUUCUGCCGGGAUCUUUGACAGAUCCCCCACCCGCACCCCCUUCCUCUUCAGCUGCCAUCCUGGUCUAAUAGUCCCCUGACACCCCCCCCACACACACCCCUCCCAUGACCUAUUUGCACAGCCCCUCAUCCUCGCUCAUUCUUCUGUGUUGAGGGAUGGGGGGCAUUUCCACCCCAGGUUUCUCCCUCCCUCAACCCCAUCCUUUUGAGGGGGUUGGGUCUGGAGAGGGACUGGGUCUUCACUUACUGGGUCAAUAAAGUUUU